UAUCGCUUUGGGAUCGCUGCAGCGGCUUUGCAGUCGAGCACGUUCUUGUAAAUUAUAUUAAGAAAAAAAUAUAACAGUGUAUUUGUUUAGUUCAAGGAGUAUUUAGUGUGUGUGAAGUGGCGGUGGCGGAGAGUGAGACUUCGGCGGUGGCGGGAGGCGUCGGCCUCGCCGUGAAUAGCAAGGUAUACCCAAGUCCGGGGGCGGCGCGCGGCGUGUGGGCGCUGCCGCAGCCGCCCCCCUGCACCAUGGCCGCGGAGGAGGCUCUGCCGCCCUGCUCGCCCAUGUCGCCCGACGCGCCCACCGCCCAGCCGCGCAUCACCACCAACAUGACUCACCAUUCUGACUUCCAUCAACUGAUCUUCGAAGCUGUUCGAUCAGGAGAAGUGUCAGAAAUCGAGAGGCUGGUGGAAAAGCUUGGAGUGGAAGUGCUGAGCGCGCGCGACCAGCACGGCUACACUCCGGCGCACUGGGCAGCGCUGGACGGCAGCGUGGCUGUGAUGCGCUAUCUUGUGGAGAGGAACGCGCCUGUCGACCUCUCCUGCUUGGGCACACAGGGACCUCGGCCAAUUCACUGGGCUUGCAGAAAAGGACAUGCCUCUGUUGUACAAGUGCUGCUGCAAUCGGGUGUGGCUGUGAAUGCGGCAGAUUUCAAAGGCUUGACUCCACUCAUGACGGCGUGUAUGUAUGGGAAAACCGCAACCGCUGCAUAUCUUCUCGGCAUGGGCGCAGCUACACGAUUGUCCGAUAUCAACGGCGAUACCGCUCUGCACUGGGCAGCGUACAAGGGGCAUGCAGACUUGGUCCGCUUACUCAUUUACUCUGGCGUCCCAUUACACUGCACGGAUAAUUUUGGUUCAACACCUCUGCAUCUUGCCUGCCUCUCGGGCAAUUUGACAUGCGUUCGAUUGCUCUGUGAAAAGGUUAAAGCAGAGUUGGAGCCUCGCGAUAAGAAUGGGAAGACUCCUCUAAUGCUAGCACAAAGCCAUCGUCACGCAGAAGUGGUGAAACUGCUGCAAAAGGAGAUGAAGCGCAAAUCUCAUUGGAUGCCGCCGCUGUCUGAAUUCUGGGCGCUUCUUUUCGGCGGAGCUGGCGAUUCCAAAGGACCUCUUCUAUUCUUUCUGGUGUCUGUUCUUUUGUGGGGUUAUCCUAUGUAUAUUAUUAGGUGUAUUCCGUUGACAUGGAACACAUUACGUCUCUCGCACUACUGUUUCCUGUACUGGAACGCCAUAAUGUGGAUCAGCUGGGUGAUCGCCAACCGACGAGACCCGGGCUACAUUCCUCAGAACUCGGAAACCUACUACCGAGCUAUAAGGCAGAUACCCUACUACGAUAAGUGGAAGAAGAGGAAUGUUAUACUCUCUCGUCUAUGUCAUACUUGUAGGUGCUUGAGGCCACUCAGAGCCAAACACUGCCGCAUCUGCAAACGCUGCGUGGCCUACUUCGACCACCACUGCCCCUUCAUCUACAACUGCAUCGGCGUGCGCAACCGCAUGUGGUUCUUCCUGUUCGUGAUGAGCGUGGCCAUCAACUGCACGCUCUCCAUCUACUUCGCCUGCUACUGUCUGUUGCUGGAGGGGUUCGGCUUUCUCUAUGUGCUGGGGUUGUUGGAAGCCAUUAUAUUUUGCGGCCUUGGAUGGAUUUUGACUUGCACUUCAAUCCUGCACGCUUGCAUGAAUUUGACCACAAACGAAAUGUUCAACUACAAACGAUACCCAUACUUGCGUGACAAGCGAGGCCGAUACCAGAACCCCUUCUCGAGAGGCCCCAUCAUGAAUCUGAUCGAGUUCUUCGUGUGCCUCCCCGACAAAUGUGAUGACCAGGAUAUAUUUUAUGAGGAAAACAUAUGAUGCGAGUCUGUAUGACAAAGAGAAAGCGUGACCAAAAGACAUGACAUCGUCGUUUGGUCGGCUCCGUUGCAAUCCAAAAGUGGUAAAGUUGAACUUGAACUGUCCUACAACGCCGACACCAACGAUUAGUUCACGAAUAAUCUUGGAGUGUCUAUUAGUUCAGAUCGGACUACUUGUUUCGCAAUCACUCAGAUUGCGAAACAAGUAGUCCGAUCUGAAGUUGCAAUAUGACAGUCUGCACAGGUCAUAGGCUAAGGA